CCUAUGUCAACAUUGCCAAAGUUCCUACUCCAAAUCGUAGCCACUGAGCUACUAUUUUAACAUUUAUGCAUUACACCCUUACAACUUAAACAUCAGUUCUGAACAUUAAUAAGUAUAAAAAUAUAUUUUCACCAAACGCGAUAAAGUUGGACCUUUUAGACGCUUCUCUGGGGGAAAUAAACGUGUUGAAUAACCUAAACAACAGCGACACCUAGUGGUGUCUUGCAGAGUCCACAUGUGGACGUACUUUAUGUUUAUUUAUUUACUGACAUUGUUUUCAACGCUUCGUCAUUCAUUCCCCACUAACUGAAAUGGAAACAAACGAAACUACUCCGUGGAAAACAACAAUUAUAAUGAGCGUUUCACUUCAGAACCACGAAGUCUACAGGAUGCUUAGAGCUCAGCAGCACCGAAUCAGGCUCUCUGGCAGCGUCGAGGCUGGAUCUGUUAUCUUCCCUCUGUCAGGUACUGCAUUUCUGCUAGCUGAACCUCAAGGCUUCCCAGAGUCUCUUGACCAUUCUGAGUUCUUUGAGCUCAUAGAGAAGUUCACACAAGUCCAUAGGAACUGCUUUUUACUUCUAUUUGCCACCUUUUCUGGGAAAGGACAACUGCAAACUUUGACAGAAAUUCAGAGCAGAUUCUUUGGCAGCAAUCUCAGAAUCCUGCCUGUUCAAAAUGCUGCAGAAAUAGUCAGAGGAAUGCUGGCAAUUGCCAAGGCCACCAGUAAGCCACAUGCUGACAGGAUCCAAGCUCGCAUGUCUCUGGUCCGUGCACACAUCAUUGAGAACAGUCCUGUGUGGGACAUCCUGAGAGACCAAAAGCCAACCUGUCCAUGAUUCACUUUUGUUUCAUAACACAAACUACACUAUUACAGUUAUUCUUUGCACAAGUAAACCCAUUUGAUGCAAAGUUUAUAAUAAUAAGAAUGUCUAGUCUGCUUAUAAUUUAAGAUUUGUAUCCUCAUUUUGAAUUCAGAUUUAAGUUUUCAGACCAUUCUGAUGCUGACUUUCAACAAUAAAGGCUCAAAAACACAUGGUCCAUGUUUGUUAAAUCAUUUUCUUUAAUUAUUUAUUAGAUGGACAUUCUAUUAAUUCCAAAUGUCAGUUUGACAAAAUAUUAGGAACACUCCACUUUGCCCAGCUGGAUGUUGCGUUAUGGUUUAUAUUUAGGUGUAAAUUAUGGUUUAAAUUUUAUUUUGGGGCGGUCUUUGGAGAGUUCCAGGUCCAAACCUACUGUUGACUAAAAAAAAAACACCUCGAUGGUAUAUGGACUUUUGGGAAGAUAUUCGGUAGUCCCACAUCAGGUGUGAAACUAACAAAAUUUCAGUCAAACAUGGAGGUGGUAGUGUGAUGGUUUGGCUGAUUUUCUGCUUCAGGACUUGGCCCACCUGCUUGGUUUUCUUGUGUCUAGCAGAAAAUUUUGAAAAAGAAUUUAACAUUAGGCAAAAUUAACAUUUGGUCC